GCGUGUAGCUCGUGGUCAAUGUCCCACAAAAGGUCUAUACCAAGAAGAAGAAGAGGAGCGAGGCGCCCCCUGGCCAAGCUGUCGCAGACCGCGCACAAGUGAUUGAGGAGCAGCGUCGUGGCCCCGAGAAUCGCGAUCCGAUGCAAGACGACGAUGAAACUCGUGCUAAGAUUACAGAGAUCGACUUCGAGUUGGAUGCAAAAGAAGGCCUGCUCGAAGAAGGACCGACCCCUCCCAGCCCCCUCUUCCCCUCUUCGGGCGACGACGGGCUCGUCAACUCACGAUGGCACAACAAGGCUAUCCUUCACUGCUACAUCCUCAACGGCGUCCGUGACUGUCUGCCCCGCGCCACGCCUGCCAGCGCCCACAACGAAGAUCUGUGCAGGGAUCCCAUGGAGCGUACGUGCCCGAAAAAGAUGAAAAACUUGAAGGACUUGAAGGAUGCGGGCAAGAGUGACAAUACGAUCGUGCAAGCCCGACCCCACCCAUCCAGUCGAUAAGGUUGCAAUUAGGCGCAAGGCGGACAAUGCCUGAGGAUCAGCUGCUCAAGUCA